AUGAAUAUGAAGUUGGGUAUUAUAAAUUACUACAACAAACACAGCAACAACACACCCACACUUACACUUCCACCCACACCUACUCACACUCAACAACCACAACGACGACAACAGUCUAACCACGACAUCUUCUACUUACCAAAGAGAGAUUCAACUACUUCCAACAAUACAAACACAGCUCAGCCUUCACUGCAACUGAUAGAUACAGGUACCACUACCACCUUUCCUUCAUCUUCAUCUAAAAGCUUUUCUUCCCUGUCUCAACCUCAAUCCGCCAGUGAGACACCUUCAUCAUCACCAUUCUCCACAUCAUCAACAACGUCAUCCACCGUGUCGUCGUCAAUCCCAACAACAUCGUCAAAUCCGACCACUUCGCCUACACAAGGGCCUACUCUGGAAACAACUCCAAGUACUAGCUCAAGUUCAAUCGUUACCUCACCUACGUCGUCAUCUUCGUCUAGCUCGAUUCCAACUACAACCAGUGAUACCACUUCAUCGAGCAUGUCUAGCUCAAUUCCGACAGAUACGACGAGUCUGAGUACUUCUACACCAAGCUCAAGCUCUACUGAGCCAACCCCAACUACCAGCUCGCAGACUUCGUCUAGCUCUACUUCCUUGGUGGAGCCUUCAAGUACAGAUAUUAGUUCUAGCACCCAGUCAUCGUCGUCGUCGUCCAGUGACACAAGCAUUAGUUCAAGUUCAUUAGACACAUCAUCUUCCUCCAGUACUACUGAUUCAUCAUCGUCAACAACAUCAUCAUUCUCAUCCUCGUCCUCGUCGUCAUCGAUCUCAUCAAGUUCUGAAAGCAGCACAACUUCUAGCAGCUUUAUUUCUAGUUCAACAAGUGAAACUUCGUUAUCGACAACCGAUCCAUCCUCAUCCUCGUCACCGUCAUCCUCCAGCACGUCUUCAUUUUCAAGUGAAACUUCAAGUAGCAGCUCGGAAUCGUCUACUUCCUCCUCAUCAACCGACUUUAGCUCAUCUAGCUCACAAUCAUCGUCGUUCCCCUCAUCAACCUCAGAGCCGCCAUCUUCUUCUUCUUCCUCAAGCUCAUCUCAAACCACUUCUUCAUCAUCGUCUUCGCUGACCACAAUAGCAACAACAUCAUCUACAUCGCCUUCUUCGUCUUCUUCGUCUUCUUCGUCAUCAUCAUCAUCAUCAUCAUCUUCUUCUUCAUCCAGAAGUCGGUCCUCCUCAACACCUUCAUCUACGCUGGAGCCUUUAUCAACUCAAGAUUCCUCAACCUCGUCAACCUCAUCAACUGAGAACUCUUCCUCAACAACAAGUUUGGACAAACAUAGCUCCAUCUCAUCAUUCACAUCUGAGUCAACCUCAGUCUACACAUACCCCGAUACUACAAUCACUUCAGUUGUAGCUAUACCCACCUCGGCAGUUGUGUCAACUGACCUGGGAUCCACCGCUGCACGUAAUUCCAAACUCAUUGGAGGCUUAGUUGGUUCAAUUGGUGGUGUUAUAGUUGUUGGGUUUCUCGUUGUGUUGUUUUUGUUUUUCAAAAAGCGCAAGAGACAAAUUACCAAUCAAUCGCCGGAUUUCAAUGAUGGUGGCGCAACUAAUAGAUUGGGUGCUGGCGAAGACGAGGAAGACACGUCAUUUGACGACAAGAACGACCAUAUUUUCCACGAUUCACCCAAUAAUGGUAUGAAACAGUCGAAGCUUGGUUGGUUAACGUCGAUUUUCUCCAAAAAGGGCACUGGCGCAGGAGGGCAUGGUGUACAGUCCAAUGGAGGUGGCGCAAUUACCGGUAGUGGUGCCGUUGCCGGAGUGGCUGGUGCCGGUGCUAUCGCCGGAGCUGGUGCUGGUGCCGGUGCUGGAAGGUCAAACACAUUCAGAAGAUUACGAAACAAUGAUGACUUGGAGAAUCAGACUUAUGGGGCUACACCACAGGGUAAUAUGGGCGAUGGUCUCGAUGCGGACGAUGAUGGAUUUGCAUAUCGUGGAGUAACCAACUCCAACAACUUGGAUUCAGUUUUCCGGUCUAAUGGAAACACAUCGUCAAAUGCCAGAAACUCAACUUAUUUUGGUGGUAAAAAUUCAUCUACUAGAGGUUCUUCCAUUUCAGGUACGGGAGAUACGUUUGUCAAUUUCACUGAUAGUCCAUUGAUGUCAUCACAACAACAGUUUUCCACUGAUCAGCAACACACAAGAAUGAACUCGUAUGGCCAUCCAUUGGCACACCCUGAUGAUUUCAAUUUCCAAGAGGAUCCUAGUGCCGGAAAUUUGAGGUCAGUUGCAAGUGGCACUGCUAGGCCAGUCACACCUACCGCUGCCGCUGCCGCUGCCGCUGCUGCUACUGCCGCUACUGCAGGCGCCGUUGCUUCACACCAUGAUCACCCAUACACCACUAACACAAGCUCUGACUAUGAACCUGACCAUGCUGCCGCUGUCCAAGCACAACAACACAACCAGCGUUUCUACGAUCAUGAAUCUGCCCUGAUGAUGUCGUCAUCAGCCUCAUCUGAUGGUGAGUUUCAUCCUAGCGACUACGACGACGAACUGUUUGUCUUGCCAGGUGAUGAUGUGGCUGACCCUCGAGGACAACAGCGCGUCGGAGGAUAUGUUGUUCCAUAUGAACAAAGUCAAGCUAAUCGUCAGCCGCAGCAACUGCCAUUUGAAGAGUAUGCUCAACAACAGACACAGCAGUCGCAGUCGCAGUCGCAGUUGCAGUCGCAACCGCGUGCAGGACGUGGUGGUCUGAACCAUCCAUACGCACGUCAAGGUGGUGUUGCACAACCACCUCCACCACCACAGCAGUACAUGGGAGACCAAUUUAGAUAUGGUCCUUAUGGCUCAAAUAACUCUUUGUCUAGGUUCCAGGAAGAUAUCUCGUAA